AUGGACGGGUCCGACCUCCCGCCCGAAGGCUCCAGCCAGAGGACACCGAAGUCCCUACCGGGGUCCAGGAAGAGCAAGCGCGGGGACGAUGCUUCCCCGGUUACCCCCGCGGGAGCAGGGUCGUCGUCGACGACAACCGCGAGGCGGAGCAGGCGCCUCGCUGGUGCGCCUCCGGAUGCCCCCGCCGCGGAAGCAGGGUCGUCGUCGACGACAACGGCGAGGCGGAGCAGGCGCCUCGCUGGUGCGCCUCCGGAUGCCCCCGCCGCGGGAUCAGGGACGUCUUAUCCGUCGCCGUCGCGGACGAAAACUGCGAGGAGGAGCAAGGGCCUCGCUGGUGCGUCCCCGGAUACCCCCGCGGUAGCACGGCCGUCGUCUUCAUCGCCGACGACAACACCGAGGCGGAGAAAGCGCGGAGCUGACGCGUCUCCGGCUACCACCGCGGAGGCAGGACCGUUGUCGCCGUCGCCGACAAUAACUGCGAGAGGGGUGAUGACCUCGGCCGUUUCGACGUGGAUGCGGAGCGCGGCCGCGGGGAAGCUGUGGAAGGCGACCUCAGGGUCAGGGAGCGGGAGCGGCCACGCGGACAAGGAGAUGCGAGAGGCGAUCCUGCGCGUGCGCCUAGAGCGCUCCGUGCUCGCGCCGGAUGACGCCGCCUCGUCGUACAGGGAGCUUGGGUUGGACCCGGACAUGGCUAGCAAGCUGGGGUUGCUGCGGAGCGCGGCUGCAGGGGGCGAUCUCGCCGACGUGGAGCAGAAGCAGAUACCGGAGGUGUUCCUGAGUGUUCGCCGAGAGCGCUCCGUGCUCGCGCCGGAUGACGCCUCCUCGUCGUACAGGGAGCUUGGGUUGGACCCGGACAUGGCUAGCAAGCUGGGGUUGCUGCGGAGCGCGGCCGCAGGGGGCGACCUCGCCGACGUGGAGCAGAAGCAGAUGCCGGAGGUGUUCCUGCGCGUGCGCCGAGAGCGCUCCGUGCUCGCGCCGGAUGACGCCGCCUCGUCGUACAGGGAGCUUGGGUUGGAGUUGGAGUUGGACCCGGUCCCGGACAUGGCUAGCAAGCUGGGGUUGCUGCGGAGCGCGGCCGCAGGGGGCGACCUCGCCGACGUGGAGCAGAAGCAGAUGCCGGAGGUGUUCCUGAGUGUUCGCCGAGUGCGCUCCAUCAUGAAUAUCGACUAUACUUCAGCAUCGAGGAAAGGUAUUUUAAUAGACCCUAUCUUGUGUCAAGCUUCUGUUCCUGAGUGGAGAAAUGCCCUACCUGAGAAGGAUAUUGCUGACUACACAACUGAUGGUGAGACAUCGCGAAAAUUGGGUCAGGUUGUCUGCCCGUUAAACAUGGAUAGCAUGUCAACCUCUCAGCUAUCAGCAACAUCUAGCGAGUGUAAAUGUAAACUUCCUGGAUCUAAGGCAUGUGUAGGAGUUCAUAUAAAAAUGGCAACAUCUUUGCUCAAGAAUCAGUUGGGCGAACAUGCUUUCAGUAACUGUGGGCUUGAAGCAAUGGGUGGUGAGCAAACUUUAAAGUUAUGGACUAGAACAGACCAAAAAAAAAUUGGUAAAAUUACAAGGGUGAUUCCUCGGAAUAAACGUGGAAACUUUAUGGAGAUUGCCUUGAAGAAAUUCAGUUCAGAGAAACCAAAAAAGGAUUUAGUGAACUACUACUACAAUGUUUUCCUUCCAAGAAGAUUGGCAAGCUUGACUAGAGCAGAGAAUACAAAUGCCAAAGAUGUGGAUACAGACGGAGACAGCGACGAAGACCAUUCUGAAAAGAAGAUGAAGACCUUGGCAUCUUCCAUAAGGUCCGGCAAGUAGAAGCAUGAAGUAUCAAAAAAUUUUGGCUCGUGGGUCAUUUUCUGUAGCAGAUGAAGUAGAAAAUCACAAAGAGUUUGAUGUCUAGUUCGACGGUUCUUUUCCUUUCAGUAAAUGCUGUCACGGUUCUCCAAUGAUCCUGGAAGUAGUUUUCACCACCACACCAGGGAAAAAUACAAGCUGAGAUGAAUUAGUCUACUUAAGUAAAUGGCAGAGACCCUGUGCAGUUGUGUGUGUUUACAAUUUUGCUUCGCUUUUGAGAGAAAAGUACAUGAUCCGAGAGAGAAUGAAAGGUGCGGAUAUUCGAUACAACAGUGGCCAAAUGUAUUGGCCAUCAUUUAGGAAUUGUUUUGACAGGCCACAUAUAUCUUUCAUUCAAAU